UACGGAUCAAAAUGAAAAUUUAAUCAAAAAAAGAAAACCGAAAGUCGAGGGGCAAAGGUGAACCCAGCUUUACCUGACCUAGGUAAGCUGAAGAACAAAGACAAAAGGAGAAGAGGAGGAGGAUCAGGUUGUAUGGAUGCAAUGGCUGAAGAACAAAUAGAUUUCGGAGAUGAGGAGUAUGGAGGGGGACAAAAGAUGCAGUAUCAGGGAAGUGGAGCCAUACCUGCUCUUGCUGAUGAAGAGAUGAUGGGGGAAGAUGAUGAAUAUGAUGAUCUCUACAACGAUGUUAAUGUUGGAGAAGGCUUUCUUCAGUUGCAACGAUCUGAGGCACCACUACAACCAGGUGGCCUGGGCAGUACUGGACUUAAAGCUCAGAGAAAUGAGGCUCCUGAACCGAGAGUUGAAGCUGGGGGUUCACAAGGGCUAAACAUUCCAGGAGUUUCAGUUCAAGGGAAGCACCCCAAUGUCAGUGCCCGUUAUCCUGAGAAGGAGGAGCAGCCAGCUGUUAACAGACCAGAAAUGGUAUCUGGGAGUUAUCCAUCUGGGUCUUCUAUUUCACAGAAGGGCAGUGUUACAGAGGGGACCCAUGAUAAGCAAGUGAAAAAUUUGGGUUUUCAAGGAUUGACUUCAGCAUCCAACAAGGUUGGGAUUGAUCCUUCUGGUGUGCCUCAAAAGAUUGCCAAUGACCCUGCUCAAUCUCUAAAUUCAGGUACUGGUGGUCCUCAAGGUCCUCCACAUGUGCCACCUAAUCAAAUGGGUACGAAUGUUAAUCAUCCUGUGAUGAACGAAAAUCAGGUUCAGCCAGCUAUAGAGAAUGGUCCAACCAUGCUGUUUGUUGGAGAACUCCAUUGGUGGACAACUGAUGCAGAGCUUGAGAGUGUUUUAUCUCAAUAUGGAAGGUUGAAGGAGAUUAAGUUCUUUGAUGAGAAAGCUAGUGGUAAAUCCAAAGGGUAUUGUCAAGUUGAGUUCUAUGAUCCAUCUUCUGCAGCUGUAUGCAAAGAGGGAAUGAAUGGUUAUAUGUUCAAUGGGAGAGCUUGUGUUGUGGCUUUUGCUUCACCACAGACAUUGAAGCAGAUGGGAGCUUCCUAUAUGAACAAAAACCAGGGCCAGUCUCAAGCACAGCCUCAAGGCAGGAGGCCAAAUGAAGGUUUGGGGAGAGGGGGUAAUCUGAAUUACCAAAGUGGAGAUGCAGGGAGGAACUACGGAAGGGGUGGCUGGGGACGGGGUGGUCAAGGAGGAGUCAACCGAGCUGGGGGUGGAGGACUAAUGAGAGGAAGGGGAGGUGUAGGUGUAAAGAACAUGGUUGGGAUCUCGGCUGGAGUUGGAAAUGGUGCUAAUGGUGCAGGGGCCUAUGGACAAGGACCGGGUCCUGCAUUUGGUGGUCCUGCUGGUGGCAUGAUGCAUCCACAGGGCAUGAUGGGAGCUGGGUUUGACCCAACAUAUAUGGUUCGAGGAGGUGGUUAUGGAGGUUUUCCAGGACCUGGUUUUCCUGGCAUGCUUCCUUCAUUUCCAGCUGUUAAUACAAUGGGACUUGCUGGUGUAGCUCCGCAUGUCAAUCCUGCUUUCUUUGGCCGUGGAAUGGCACCUAAUGGGAUGGGAAUGAUGGGUGCAUCUGGAAUGGAUGGACCUCAUGCGGGAAUGUGGACUGACGCAAGCAUGGGUGGGUGGGGAGGAGAUGAGCAUGGUCGCAGGACUAGAGAGUCUAGUUAUGGCGGUGAAGAUGGUGCUUCAGAGUAUGGGUAUGGAGAUGCAAAUCAUGAAAAAGGAAGGUCGAGUGGUGCCUCUCGGGAAAAAGAGCGGGUUUCUGAGCGUGAGUGGUCAGGCAACUCUGAUAGGAGGCAUCGUGAUGAGAAGGAACGGGACUGGGACAGGUCUGAGAGGGAGCAUAGGGAACACCGCUAUAGGGAAGAAAAAGACAGCUACAGAGAGCAUCGACAUCGAGAACGUGACUUGGAUUAUGAUGAUGACUGGGAUAGGGGACAAUCUUCUUCAAGAUCUCGGAGAAGGUCCCAUGCAAUGCCAGAAGAAGAGCACAGGUCUCGAUCAAGGGAUGUGGACUAUGGGAAGAAGAGACGCCUGCCAUCAGAAUGACAAAAUAUGCUGUGCAUCCUUCUUUACCAUUUCUUAUGAGACCUUUAAUUAAGUUUUCACUCUCAGUUUCUCUCCCCUUGGUUGCUAAAUAUAUUUUAGCAUCCGCUGUGAUGAUCGCUGGUCCAUAUGCAGAGUGUGGCUUCUUAAGGGAUGAAGUAAGUGCUACUUCUGUGGGUGGAAGGGAAGAAUAGACUCCCCUUUCCUUUCUUACUGCAUGCCAAAGAACAAAUAUUAGAUGCAACACUUACUAUUCCUGUGUUGGAAAACAUAGUAUCAUAUUCAAUGUGGAUACUUUUUGUGGGGUUGGAAUCCUAAAAUCCCACAGCUGACUCUCCGUAUUGGGUUUAUAAUUAUCUGCCAAACCCUAUAUUUGAGGCAAUGCUUUCUUGGCUCUUGAUCAUGGGAGUGGAGUGGGCAACUCUUUGUUGAGGAAGAUGUGUUAGAAUGGCUGGCUUCAUUGGCUUCCUCUGAUAUUUGCUUUGGCCUUUCAAGUGUGCAAAAAAAUCUUUUUUUUGAGCACUGCUAAGAAACUGUAACCUCUGCAAAGAAAGUAAAUCCAACUGAAUUCAUGAAGUGGAUGUUGGUGAUAUGUUUCAGGAUACAACCACUACUUACAUUAUAGUCUUCUUGUAAAGCAUUUUGUCUUGUAAAGUUGAAUCUGUUUAUUAGGUCCACAAUUUUGUAAUGGCCUCCUUCAUUGUUUAUAUGGCCAUAUUUGGCUUUCUAAUAAGCUUUAUGGGAGUCUUGUACAGAAAUUGAGGCUGAUUCUUGUUAUACUUUAUAUACUUGUAAUUGAUACCGUUAACUUUGUCUUAAGAAUAGGAUAGAUGAGCUAGAUGCAAAUUGUAACAUGGGGUUGAUGUUCCAACUGUAACUGGUCAAUGUAACAUAUGUACUCAGUUUCUGUUUAAGCAUUUUAUUUCCAUCAA